AUGUCUGGUCCCAAGGGUCUUGUUGGUCAAGCUGCACCGGCCGUCACCUUAGCAUCUGCCACUGGCGAACAGUUCGAGCUUGACCCCGCCACUGCCGGUCGCCCAACUAUUAUCUUUUUCUUCCCUGCCGCUGGCACCUAUGGCUGCACAAAAGAAGUGUGCUCUUUCCGCGACGCACUCUCUUCCAACGAACUUUACAAGACCCAUAAUGUUCAAAUUGUCGGAAUAAGUGGAGAUGCAGUCGCGAAACAAAAGGCAUUUGUUGAUGCUCAAGGCUUAUCAUACCCGAUGUUGUGCGAUACCGAAGGUGAAGCCAGGAAGAAAUACCAAGUUGGCAAGGGGUUGCUUGGGCUGAGUGAGGCUCGAGUGACUUUCUGUGUUGAUAAAGAAGGCGUUGUUCGAAAUGUCUUUGACUCAGUAUUGCAGUUUACUGCGCAUGAAAAGGCUGUUACAAAGUGGCUUGCAACCCUGCCAAAACCUGGACCUGCUGCCGAGCCGGACGCACUAGCCGAACCAGUUGAGGAGCCCACUCCUGCGGCCUGA